UCCAACAUGAGGGAAGACUUACAUAACUUGAAAACAAAUGUCUGAAUCAAAGCUCACUAAUGCGCAAAAAGCACGAAUAGAGCGAAACAGGCAAAAGGCUUUAUUACUUCGAAAUUCUCGACUGACCAAUCGGCCAUAUCCACCGAGAAACAAGGAAAAGGACCGAGAAACACACAAUGACAUCAACUCUAGUUCUGGUACAACAUCUUCAAGGAUUGUAGACACUGGAGGWGGAUUUCUUUUAGAUGCUGAAGACGAAGAGGAAUGGAGUAGACCACCAAGAAAUCUUGUAGAAGAACCAGCUCCAAUCCUUGGUGGAGAACGCUUAAUUUGUGAUGAAUGUGGAAAGGAAUUUAUGGAUUCUUAUCUUUACCGAAUAUUUGAUGCUGAAAUUUGUGAUUCAUGCAGACAAUCUGAUGAGUCAGGAAAGUUUUCACUGAUAACUAAAACUGAGGCCAAGCAGCAAUUUCUGUUGAAGGAUGUUGACUUAGAUAGGAGAGAACCACCAUUGAAGUUCCAGGUCAAAAAGAAUCCACAUUAUUCAAGAGGUGAAAUGAAGCUCUAUCUAUUAUCACAGGUAAAGGAAAGAGCUUAUGAAGUUUGGGGGGAUGAAGAUAAACUAGAACAAGCCAAAGAAGAUAAGCUUGAGAAAAGAGAAAUUCAAAAACAGAAAAAGUUUGACAAAAAAGUUAAAGAACUUAGAAAAGCUGUACGUACCAGUACAUGGAGAAAAGAUUUGUCAAAACAUGAGCAUGUAUUUCCCAAAGAAGGUGAAGAGGGUGGAGAAACAUAUGAUGAAGAGACAGACACGUGGACCAAGACUUGUAAAGACUGUGGUUAUCAAUUGAACUUUGAGAAAAUGUAAUCAAUGUAAUGUCUGACUAUGUAUGACAUCAUUUUUUGAAGAGUAAAAUUUAAUAGGAGAAUGCUGGUCAACAAAAUUGCUUGCUCUGGGAGCAAGAUUACUAUCAUUGAGUGGCUAGAAUGCCACAGGUAUCUUAAUAUAAAUAUUAACUUUGCUACUUUGAAGCUUAGUUAAUGUUUAAACUACUAGUCAAUAUCUCGUCAAGAAUGUUUUUAUUUUACAUCUAUUUGCAGUUUUAUUUAAAAAAUUGGUCUAAGUUAUAUUUAUGAUAUAAGGCUAUAAUAUUCUGUACAUUAAAUAUUGUUUUUCCAGUCAACAUUUUUCCACCAAAGAUUGUAAUACUGUUUCCACAAUGCAUCGAACAUCAGCCAUUGCACCCACUCCUAUGAAUAAUUAAAAUAAAGAAAUAUGAGUGAAUGGAUGGCAUGAUCACCAAUAAUAGGAGAGAAAGUGGGUUUUGUAUGCAUAAGUGAAACUAUACCAUGGAAUCCACAGUAUGUUUACUGCAGGAACUUUGGACUUUUUUGUUGAAAUUACAUUACCAUGACUGUA